AUGUCGUCUCAAAGCACUAAUCUCACCGUCUGCCGGAUUUCUCACUCCCCGGAGGACUGGCCGUCGUUGCUUAAACUGAUCAAUCGCCUCAAAGUGAACAAAUCCAUAGAAGAGCUCCGACUCACUUGCAUAGAUGAUGGAACUGUACAGUAUCUCGAGUCGUCCAUCUUGCCGUUGAGUCUCUUCCGGUGUGGAAUUCUCCGUGUCCUCGAACUCAACAAGUACCAACUCAGCAUUGACGACUCCAUUGUUGCGGCUUUCAAAGGUUGUGUGAAUCUGACAACUCUAAAACUCAACUCGAUCCGAGUAACCCCCAAGAGUCUUUUCAGAAUCAUAUGUAACUGUGAGUUCAUGGAGAAUUUGAGCCUGUGUUCUUAUAUUAGAUUAGACUAUAUUAAGAUUAUUUCUAAUCGCAAGUACUUGAAGUUCUUGGAACUCCGGAAUUUGGAUCUUUAUAAGAUUGAAAUAUAUCUCAAGGGUGUCACUGAACUAGUGCUUGAUAAUGUUCCAUACUCCAAAAGAUGUUAUAUUAACUGCCCAAACCUUCGAGGUUAG